AUGACGUCGUCUUCGGACCCCGCACCACCACGAGCAGCAUCGCCGUCCAACUCGUUUUAUGCCUUGAGCGACGACGAGGAAGGCGAUUACAAUACCAUCACACAUACAGCUACUGGUCGAGGGGUGAAGCUUCUAUACUCAAAGAGCAAGGCAAGCCAAGCCACCUUGCCCAAAGACAACAUCCCCGGGUACAUUGCCCUCCUACAACAAAAACCACCACCAUCCUCCCGUCCCUCAUCCUCCUCCUCUUCCUCGGCCCGCGCGAAAGCAGCCUCUUCCCUUCUUCUAGCCUGGCUCCCCGAAUCCUCCCUGGGCGAUGCCCUCAACACCUAUGUCAAAGUAGAUCUCUCCGAAGGCGACUCUCCCCCAAAGCAAUCAUACCUCGUCCCUCCACCACCCACAACCACAGCCCAUUCUUCCUCCAUCGGGCACUAUGCGUUCGCUAUACCAGUCUCCGCAAUCUACAGCCUGCUGGUGCGGCCGCCGAGCUUGGGAUGGUGGUUUGGUAGUGUGAUCAUAAAUACCCGGGCAGGUGACAGCUUCCCCGCCCUGUUCUUCCAUGACUCGGAAUGCCAAAGUACAAUGUUGCAGAAGAAGAAGAGGACGAGGGAGAGCUUUGAUCCGUUCGGAGCUAAUGGGGAGAUGUUUUGGGGAGGGGAUGAGGUGCUCAGGUGGCUGCGGCGAUACGUUGCUAUAGAAAAAAGUGGCGCGGAGCCAAACAUUUACCUUGUGGAGCCGAGUAUGGAAGAUAAAGAGGCUUUUGGUGGCAAGCCUGUUACGGCCGCUGUGGUCAGGCGGCCGAGUAGCAGCGGGGCUGCUGUUGGGGGUGCGGCUGGGUCUGGAUCUGGGUCUGGUUUGAGAAGAGAUGCGAGUAUGGAUCCUGUGAUGAAAUUUGUAAAGGAGACGGGGUGGAAUUUGAUGGAGAAGUUUAGUAAGGUUACGACAUUCACGAGACGGACAGCAGAUUCUGUGAUCGAUAAUCCGAAGAUUCCCCCGCAAGUUAGAAGAUUGUUAAAAAAUCCCGAGGUUCAGACAUUGCAGGAUGAAUUCGACAGUGCCAGGAUUUAUUUGGCCAGGUGGGCAAUGGGUAUCGCGGAACAAAGUGAACGAGAUAGGAACCAACGAAUCUGGACCGCAAGAGACGUUUUGGAGAUGGAGGAGACAGAUGUGGGAGAGUUCGAGCUACUGGAUACUGAAAUUGCAGGGCUAAGUCUGAAGGAGCUGAGGAAGACGGUCACGAUGAAGGAGUGGAACAGCUACUUUGACCAAAGAACUGGCCGACUUCAAGUUACGGCUGAUGAGGUGAAGGAGAGGAUCUUUCAUGGUGGUCUUGAUGCCGAAGACGGUGUUCGUAAAGAGGCAUGGCUUUUUCUUCUCGGGAUCUACGAGUGGGAUUCCUCGGCCGAUGAGCGAAAAGCAGAAUUGGCCAGCCUCCGGGAUGAAUACGUAAAGUUGAAAGGAGCUUGGUGGGAUCGACUGAUAGACCUUGGUGGAGAAGGAGAAGAAGGUGAAUGGUGGCGCGAGCAAAAGGGAAGAAUAGUCCCAUUCCUUGGGGUCUACGGAACAGAGAAAGACGUUCACCGCACAGAUCGCGCAAUUCCACUCUUCGCGGGCGAAGAUACCCCUCAUCCAGAUCCAUCCUCUCCUUUCGCCGAUGUAGGGACCAACGUCCAUCUCGAACAGAUGAAAGAUAUGCUGCUCACUUAUAAUGAAUACAACCGCGACCUGGGAUACGUUCAAGGCAUGUCUGAUCUUCUCGCCCCCAUUUACGCUGUCACACAAGAUGAUGCCAUAGCUUUCUGGGGCUUCCAGCACUUCAUGGACCGUAUGGAACGGAACUUCCUUCGGGAUCAAUCCGGAAUGCGAAAACAGCUUCUUACCCUAGACCACCUUGUGCAGCUCAUGGACCCGAAGCUCUACCUUCACCUACAGAGCGCCGAUUCCACAAACUUCUUUUUCUUCUUCCGGAUGCUUCUUGUUUGGUUCAAGCGCGAGUUUCAGUGGCUAGAUAUCCUACAUUUGUGGGAGGUACUGUGGACGGAUUAUAUGUCAAGCAACUUCCAUCUGUUUAUUGCGCUGGCGAUACUAGAAAAGCAUCGGGAUGUUAUUAUGGAGCAUCUGAAACAUUUCGACGAAGUGCUGAAAUAUGUCAACGAACUUUCCGCAACGAUAGAUCUAGAGUCGACUCUCAUCAGAGCCGAAGCGCUCUUCCGCCGUUUCCAACGCACCGUCGAGGCAAUUGACAAAAAAUCCAAUUUCCCAGCCCCUAAAAUCCGCCAACGCAUCUCGACUACCAAACCCACCUCCCCUAGUUCAUCCACGGCCAAUGCCAACACGUCCUCCGUUGACACAGUAUCUGCAAGCGGUACCAAUUCUAGCUCCCUAGGCCAAAGUUCAACCCAAGCGCAAGGAGCAGAUAAAGGCAAAGGCCGACAGAGUGGGGAGUUGGAGGACCAGAGACCAAAGAUUAUCUCUCCGGAGUUGAGGGAGUUGUUAAGUCGCAAGGUGGAGGUUCUGCCAAGGAAGGUUGUUAGGAAGGAGGGGGAGGGGUUGAGUAGUUUGAAGAGAUGA